UAUAUUGAUGUAGUGUCUAUUUUAUACGUUGUCUGUGAUAAUACUAUGUAAAUAAUGUUACAGGGCUUGUUUAUUGUGUUAUUGUUUGUCUAUGGUUCAUUCUCUGAUAAUGAUCUUGUGAAGUUGUUUUAUUUAUUGCACUGUUAAAUAAUUGUUUUAAGACAUGGAAACUGUUCGACCUUGUGGUUGCAAAGGAAUAAGAUCGUGUCUUCUAUGUGAAAAAGAAUAUGAUAUAGUAAAACCUGACUUGAAACUUCAGUUAGAGAAAUCUUCUAUUUAUGCCUAUUGCCCACAUUGUGAUCAAGCAUAUCCUGAAUGGGAUGCUAAUCUUUAUAAAAAUCAUCCAAAUCAUCAUGGAAAACCUAUAGAAUUUCCUGGUGUAUAUAUACAGCUGAAUUUUUUAAAUUCCAAUGAGAUUGAUGUACUGACAAAAGCAGUUGAUGAUAUACCUUGGGAAGCUUCGCAAAGUGGAAGAAGAAAACAGAAUUUUGGUCCAAAGUGCAAUUUUAAGAAGAAAAAACUUCGUUUGGGUUCUUUCAAUGGCUUUCCAAAAUCUACACAUUUUGUACAACAAAAGUUCUCAGAAGUGCCUAUACUUAAAACUUUUCAAACAGUGGAGCAAUGUACUUUAGAAUAUGAUCCAUUACGAGGAGCUUCAAUAGAUCCACAUAUUGAUGAUUGCUGGAUUUGGGGUGAAAGAAUAGUUACUGUGAAUGUAAUGGGUGACUCAGUUUUAACAAUGACUCCGUACCUUGGACCAGAUACAAAAUACAAUUUGAAAAGUAUUGCUGAAUAUCCUACAACAUUGUGUAAUGAUGCAAACUUUAUUGAAACAAGUGAAAAUAGUGUUGUUAAUAACAUAACUAUCAGAUUACCAAUGCCAGAAGGGUCCCUUAUGGUUCUUUAUGGUGCUGCAAGGUAUAAAUGGGAACAUUGUGUCUUGAGAGAAGAUGUAAACUCUAGGCGAAUUUGUUUAGCUUAUCGUGAGCUCACACCUCCUUAUUUAAAUAAUUCAUCAACAAAUGAAGAAAUUAAGACACUUUUACAAAGGGCAUCAAUAUUUCAGUGAAACUAGAAAAAAUGUUUUCUAAUAAAGUAUAGCCAUGAGGGUAGAAACUGAAAAAAAUUGAAUUAAUGUAGAAGAAAACGAAUUGUGGUUAAGAAAGGAUAAUUCGAAAAAUAUCGAAAAUGUGAACAACAAUUACAUAGUUGAUAUACUAAGCCACAACAUCCUUGAGAAUACGGUAGGUAAUUCAGAACACAUUAAUUAAACUAAUUUAAUUUAUUUAAUUUACAUAUAAUUUUCCUAAUAUAGAAAUGUAAAAAUCACAUAAAUCACUGAUUUAGGAAACGAAAUGUAAAAAUCCAAAUUAUAAUUUAGUUUUUCACACAAAAAAAUGUAGAAAAUUUCGGCUUGUAUUUUCUUAGUUAAGGUACAUACAUUGUAUGAAUAAAAUUGAAAAAAACUGAAGAAACUAAGAUAACAUAUUACUAUGAAAAUAAAAGUAAUAAUGUAUGUAUUUGAGUGAACUAUAAUACGAAAUUUGUAAUAGAGAUUUAUAACAAAAAAAAUGGAAACAGUUACUUGCCUAACAUGUACUUCAGUAGGUAGGUAAGGAAAUAUGUACAAUAAGGUUAAUUCUAUUAAAUAUUUGAUAUAUACAUUAAUAGAAAAAAUAAAGAAAAAUGGAUAAUUUUAUUUUUCUGUUACUGCUCUCUUGGUAAGACAGAGAAUUAAAAAUUAGUAAUAAACUUUUGAUGGUAAACUAUAGAUUGGUCCCAUGUACCACUUAUGUCUCAAUUCAAGGACAUUUAUUCCUUUACCUGGCUAUACCUUUCUUACAAUCGUAUCAACGACUGAAACUUUUAAAUAAAAAGUGAAGCAUGAAAUAUUAAACGUAAUUUCGUAUGAAAAGUCAAAAAUUUACCACUAUUUACUUUUGAAAAAUCUAAAUAGAUAGAAUAAUAUUAAUACUUGUAACGUUUAAAUAUACAAUAUAAUAUAACGUCUAUAACAAAUGAUUAAACAAAAAUAUAUUCAAUUGAAUAUAUACAAGGAAAAUAAAGUAAUUAGACGUUUUUUAUAGGUUCAGGAGACAUAUAAACUACAGGGAAAGUAGUGAGAGGAUCUGCCUUUCCUAAUGGCUGAUAUCCAUUAACCAAACUUUCUCUCAAUUCCCACCUACGCCGUUCUCUUUCUGUUUUCUGUCUUCUAAUUGCUUUGCCUAACAUACAGGCAAACAUUAUUCCAGUAAACUGAAAAAUAAUAAAAGAUUAUUAAUUUUCAAACUUGAACAAAUGAAGAAAUACAUAUAAAAUUUUAUGAUAAUCUUUGAAAAAAAUUAAUUUUGAACUUCUCCUUAAAUCUUAUUCUGUUAUGGUCAUUUUUUUAAAAAGACGGUAAAAAUUAUAUGUAUGAAUUUGUAUAUUAACCUGAAUGAGAGCAAUGGCCACAGCUCCAGUACCAAUGUAUAAGACACUUUUGUUAAUGAGACUUGAAAGAUGUUUGACACAUCCACUUGAGUAGACAUUACAUGCAAUACCAGAAUCGGGUCCACAUUCGAUGUCGUCACUAAUUGACCAAGGUCGACAAGAUUUCGGUAGACUUAUUUGAUUUUCUUUCAUAAUUUCCUCCCAAUCAUGAUAUCCAUUGUACCCGCAACAGUAUAGCUUUAAUUGUAAAAAAUAUAUAAGGAUUAUUAUUUAAUAACUGUAUAGUACUUACACACCGUAAAAAUAUUAAAAAGUUUUAUUCAGUCAUGUAGAUUUAUAUUAAAACAUGUUUCAACUCAUAGUCACUCUGUUUAUAUUGGAAAAUACAAACUAUUGAUUAUGAUGAAUUAUUUUUAUUUUUUAAUAAAUCCAAAAAAUAUUACCUUUGAUUGUAAAAAGUCAAUAGCAUCUUCAGCUUCUUUAUUCUUUCCAUAUUGGUGCAUGGUAGCAUUAAUGUUAUCAGCUAGAAGGUCCUUUAUGUCAUCCUGAAGAGCAUAAGCUGCAAUUGCAGCAGCUAACUCCAUUAUGAGAACAACGGAAAGAGAUACUGCAAACUGUAAGUGUACUUAUUAUUAUUAUUAUCAUUAUUAUUAUUGUUGUUUUUAUUAUCAGUACCAUUAUAUCUAGGUUCUUAAAUGUAUAAUGUAUAAGAUUUUAUAUUAAAACAUUUUAAUAAAUAAUUUAAGACAAAGAAAAUUAUGAAAAAUUAAUUCAAGUAACAGUAUGUUUUUGAAAUUAGUUUUUAAAAAAUAUUUUUACUAUAGUUAUAUAUUAACUAUUAUAAUAAAUUGAAGAACACUUACCACAAGAACCAUGCAAGUACUUUCUCUAAGAGCACCACAGCAUCCUAGAAAGGCUAUUACAAAGAUGAGGAUUCCAACUACGAUCAGAAGAGUUGCAGGUGAAAAGUAUCUUGGAUCAAGAAAAUGUGAAAAGUCUUCAUAAACUGCAUAAAUUGUAGUUCCAACGGAUAUUAUCAUCAUCCCUGUUAACUGCAAUAUUAAAACGUUUAUGAAAAUAAAUAAGAUAUUUAUGUAACAAAUGUAGAAUAAAAUAUAAAAGAAAUUAAAUAAGUAAAAAGUUAUAAAUAAGUUUGAAAAUUUUUAGAUCUUAUUCAAUGAUAUAUAAAGAAGCCUGUCAAAAUCGAUCAUUUGAAAAUGAUAUUCGUCAUUCUACUAAAAUAUCUAUAAUAGAAAGACAGUGGUGCUUUGUCACUAGUAUUAAAAAGAUUAGAAAUUCUUAUCUAAAUUGAUAAAUCGAACCAUUCGCAAUACGAUUUUCUCUUCCGAAGACUUGAUUCGAUGAAAAUUUUACAAUAAAUUUUACGAUUCACAUUAUAGAAAUCCAUUAUUUAUUAACACAGAAUUAUUUUCUAUUUUGAAAAUAAAACCCAACAACUGAAGCCAUACAAACAUGUUUUUUAACGUUUAUUUAAAUGUAUUUAAAUUUCAGAUGAAUUGCAAAAUAUCAAUGCUAUAUGCAAUUUGAGGCGAUAAAAAUAUAUGCUUUAUCUGUACAUUAAAGUAAGUUUUCCUAUAAUUAAAAUUUGGGUAUAAACAUUUUAUGUUUAUGUUUAUACCUAAUCCAGGGGAUUGUGCAUAAACUCCGCUGUAUCAUACUGCCCGUAACAUAUUAUAUAGGUAAUUCAUAGAUGGCUUUUUUGACAAUCGUAUGCAGAUAGAAAACAAUGGACAUGCAGAUAAAGGACGAGUGAAGAAGUGGAAGACAUCGAUGAGUUGCGGCGUUGCAAACCGUAAUAAUCUGCACGGUAAUAAUUCAUCGGGGUCGACCUCGCCCAGCCGAUAUCGAUCCUGCUGACCGUCCGAACAAUACCGUAGAGCUAUGAUCCACGUCCAUAUCGAGGGUUGACCUAACUUGUUGAAUCUCAGGGCCGAGUAUGGUUAUUCUCGUUACCUAUCCUCUUCGGCCAGCAGGAAAAAUCGACGUUGCUGCGGUUAUCGUCACCGUCGGCCUCGACCGCAUUUAUUGUUCUCCUUUUCUCCUCUGCUAUUUGAAUGAUAUAAUAUAUGCAGACAUAGUAUUUAAGAUGCCACUAAAGAAGAACAAUUUUACUACGUCACAGAAAAUAAUUUCAUUGUUGUUUAAUCCCUUAACUGCGAUAGUCGCUAUAUAUUGUAUUCGCAAAAAUUUCUAUGUAUUUGUUUAUUACUUCCUUUUUUUAUUAU